CAAGCGUGCAUGACUCAAAAAAGCCUUUAUGUCGGGUAUUGGUCAACUGUAAACACAAAAAGGCCUUUGAACCUGCAUGCAUGCACAAAAUUUCCCCCAUCGUUACUAUAUAUAAGUUUGCAGUUUGCCAGCACGAAACGCAACAUUCUGUUCGUGACUGGUGAAUCGCUCGCUGUCUUGAAAUCUAAAAAUGACGAAAACUUUGUUCCUUUUGGUCUGUUUGGUGAUUGUUUUGGCCCGUACAAGGUAAACUGGAGUGGCCUACUGGGCACAAUUGAUUAAUUUGUUAUAUAUUUCGAAAUCUAAAGACAUGCAUGUGCUACAUUUCAUUGAAACUUCCAGAAAUAAGUGGUGGUAUUUACAGCCAUUUUAAUACCUGGACGAUUCUUGGUGAUUUUUGUGCCGUCAUGUCCUUGCACGUAAAUUAAAGUUCUCUCAUAAUUAUACACUAAAUUAUAUGCUUAUAUAUUAUUCUCGUUUGUUGAUGUUCCAGGCAACAGGUUUAUAAUUAAGUUUGACCAUCAUUUUAUUUAGACCGAUUACUGAAGAAGAUAGCAAAAUUGCAUAGCUCUGGGUGGUUGGGUGGGUGGGUGGGUGGGUGGGUGGGGGGAGGGGAAGAACUGAAUUUUCUGUGUUUUAUAUCACUAAUUAUGUGUUUUAAUAUUUACUAUAUUUUUACAUUUUAGUUAUGCAGGCUUGCUAGAAAAUGAUUUUCGUCACAGUAAUGAUGAACGUGUAGAUUGUCGACGGGGAAAUGAGCGCGAGGACGAUGGAGUAGGACCACCACAAUGUAAGAAAAAAUCGUUCUGCUAUACUGCACCUAAACUUAGUUCAAACAAUUUUUGAGCAUUACGAGCGUCUAAAAUUCUGAGUAGUUCAGCUGAGGGGUGUGUUUUGAGCUGGAUAGCACUAUAUCCGCCGGAUUAUACUUUAUAAAUUAAACUUUCUUUUUAUUAAUUGUUGUUCAUGUCCGUGGUUUUAAAUAGCACAGCUAUUCGACCAUCCCAAACCAAGGCAUUUUUUAAUACCAUAGACUGGUGGGGCAUUUGCCCCACUGGGCCCCUUCCUCUGCCCCACCACUAAAGAAAAAUAAAGGCCAAUUGCCUCAAAGCCAGGGCCCUAGGACCUGUAUUGAGUAAAUGAGUUUGUAACAUUGAACAGAAGUUUAAAAAACAAAAUUUGUUGGUGAGCAUACUUAAACCUAUGUUGUACGUGUUUGAAUGUUUACCAUGCAAUUUAUACAAAUUUCACCAUUAAAAAUUUUUUUGAGAAGCUGAGAUUUUUUUAAAAAUGUGUUCUCAGAAUGCAGAAAAUGCUAUUUGAGAGACCUAAGAUUUAAAAUUUUCUGGGGAGGACAUGCCCCCAGACCCCCUAGUUAACUGGUGUCUGCGGGACUCGGCUCACACCGUCGGCAAUCACGUACUGUCGUGGGAGGAGGGCAAGGAAAAUGGGCCCAUUGGCAGUUUUGCCCCCACCACUGGAGAAUCCUUAAAAAAUGCACUGUGACUCAAAACUCUUUAAUGAUUCCUGAGUAAAUCAGCCAACUAUAUUGCUUUAUUUUGCUCACAUGAUUCAGCCCACUUUAAGUAGUGAUUUAUUCGUAUGGAUGACUUGAAACCUGGUCCAGUCCCCAUAGUCGGAUUUGAAAUAUUACUUCGUACAACCGAGUCCAAUUCUUUAUAAGAAGAUAGACUUAUUACAUUCUUUUCAUUUUAGUUUAUUUAUCAUUAAAUCCUGCUGGAGAACGUUUGGCCUAUGGUCAGAACCCCGAGUAUAAGUACAGGCGAGUGUCUUUUGAACCGAGGCACAUGAUCGGAAAUACUCUUCUGCCAUUCAAUUUGCCUUUGUGCUCUGAUAAUUCGCUCGAACCUGUUGCAGUGAAUAGGAAAGAGCAGCAAUUAUACGUGGAUACACAUUUGCAACUCUAUAUGGCAGAUAGGGACGGGCAAAACAGUGAAUACCAAGAAGUCCUUCUGCAUUAUAAUUCAAACAACAAGAGAGUUUUCGUUACUAUCUACAACAAUUUUCCCAUUCAGGCCUUGUGUCUGACGGAGGGUCAGAAUGGAGCAGAGCUUUCAACGGAUUGUAGCGAUGAAUACUCUUUGGAGAGAGUUGCAGAAGUGAAUGCUUCCUUGUUCCAAAUAACAUUUUAGAUAUGAUCUAUAUAGCUAGUUUAAACAUGUAAAGUCCUGACUAAUGUUAUUCCAUACUGGACACAGUAAUGGCUAGGGCCUCUUUAAGAAUUGGUCUGUGGGGAGGGGGUUGGCAUCAAGAAAAAUGGAUCCAACUAUGACGUGGUGAACUGGAUGGGGGCCACCCUUAGAAAAUUUUUGUAUUUUUCAGCCUCUAAAGCUUGACUUUCGGAGAAGCCAGCCAACAUUGAGCUUGGGGGGACUUGCUCUCUCCAGUCUUUUGGGUUAAAAGGGCCCUGGUAAUGGCAAUCCCAUAUUGAUCCCAUACAGGCCUAGAGUUUAAUACAUGAAGAAACAAGAAAGCCGUAUUGGCCGAAUUAUCAAAUACCUAUGAUAUUGGUAAAAUGAAGCUGGCUUCAUUCUUUUCCGACAUACAUCCAUGUAGGACCGAGGCAACUAAUUUGUGAUCAUGCGCAGAUCUGCUUAGUGCAGACAUCAAACCCCAGUCUGAAAGGUAAUAUGUGCAAUCAAUAACUAAACAGUCUGUAAUCUUACUUUUGCUCAUGAUCAUCCUAGUGUUAAUUUCAUUGUAUUUCUAUUUACAACAGGUAAACUGAAGACUUUUAAAGUUCUCUGACUCGACUUUUCUUUAAGUAGUAAAAAUUGUAGACUAGUACCAAAUAACUGUUAUCACCGAUUAAUUUGUUAGAAUUCGAUGUUAAUGUAAUAAAGUUACGAAUAAAUAUUUUUGUUCUCGGUGCGUGU